AUGGAGAAGCUGCCAGGAAGACCACUUGGGAAUGAAUGGUUCGAAUUAUCUGAUCGAGAGCGUCUUAAGGUGCUUCUCCAGCUUGUACGGCUAGAAGCAAGGCCUCAUGCUAUUGAGCUUCCUGCGAGCGGAAGCAUAUACUAUGCCGGUGACCUGCCAUCGGACUCACCACGCAUUGCUCUCCCAGACUCAGAUCUCUGCAUCGGUCCUAGUGCAGCUCUUGAAUGGUGGUUCGCGGAGCGUGUCUUGCUUCGUGUUAAUCGCGGCCCUUGUACGUGCGAAGACCCAAUCGACGUUCUCCGUAACCCUGCAUUGAAAGAACUAGCCUGGCUGCGUGCAUACGGCCGUCCGCGCUUCCCAUUCGAGCGUGCAUAUCGAGAAUUCAUGGAUUACCAUUUUCUACGGCCUGUCCUCCGCCACCCAGAUCUCCAACCGAACAACAUCUUCAUCUCCAACAAUCUCGACAUCGUCGGAUUAAUCGACUGGCAACACGCGUCAGCGCUACCACUCUUUCUCGCCGCCGGCAUCCGGAACUUCUUUCAAAACUACGACGACCCUGCAUCACUUGAACUCCGCCCGCCCCCUGCUCCGGAUCUAGACGACAUGGACGUAGAAGAGAAGGCCAACACUCUCCAUAAUUUCCAGCGUCGCCAUAUCCACUUCUUCUACCUAGCCUUCACGCAGCGUUUCAACGAGCCUCGCUUCCGCGUCAUGGAUCGGGCGACGAACAUGCUCAUGCGUCGGGUUUUCAGCCAUGCAGGUGAGCCCUGGGAGGGGAAUAACAUCCCACUCCAGGCUGACCUCACCCUACUUACGAAAUCCUGGCACAACUAUUCCACCAACCCGUGUCCGAUCCCAUUCCCACCGGCCAAGGCCGAUUCCAUCAUGCACGUACAAGGCAUACAGGAAGAGGUUGAUCUCCAACUUAAACAGAAUCUGAAGCUGCUUUGUGCCCGUGCGCGGCAGAUCAAAGUCGAUGGUCUUGCUUCUCUGGAUACGGAUUACGAGCGCGAAAUGACGGAUCGGCAUUGGCCGUUUGAUGAUCACGAUGAGGACGAGUAGUGAGACUAGAUAUUGUCUUCCGUUGCUGGACUACUGCAAGCUGUUUACAUUGGAUUCCGGCGGUCAAGCGUGCAGGAGGUCGUUUAACAAUAGAUGUGUGUGCAGUAGUCUUGAUUAUAGACGCUAAAUGGAGCUAACAUGAGGAUCUGGUAUAAAAACUGCCCUUUCCCGCUUUGU